AAAGUGGGUGCAGUCUCUGAAGUCAAAGUGGUUUGCGCACGACCGCACUCGGCUGCGCGCAGUUGCGCACGUGCGUCCUAGGUUGUACGCGCGUCUCCAGUUGCACGCGGUUGGUUGCACACUGCUGCAGCGGUGGCCAAAGUGGCCUGAUGGGUUGCCUUUGCCUACAGCGCCGGGCUGGCCUGGCCCGGUGCUAGGGUUGCCACCUGGCCGGUAAAAUUUAUGGUUGAUCUCAAUGUUAUUAAUAGGGAGAAAAGAUAAAUAUAUAGGAGGGCCAGUAUUUAUUUCCAGAAAAGGUGGCAACCCUAGCUGGCACUGACCCCACCCUCGCCCCAUUGUUGUAUCUGUUUUGGGAGGGGAGCAGAAUGUGGCAUGGACUCUGGGUACAGAGCAGGUAAACAUCUCUGGACAUAGAGAAAUUGUUUCUAGAUACGACACUUCUUGGCGGGUUGAUCAUUUUAAAACAUCACGGACAGGAAAAUUCAAAACCAAGUAUUGUGCCCGGAAAACAGAGCUCGGUAAUUCCGUACAAGUCCAUGUAUAGUACCAAAGAGAAAAUGAGGCAAAUCUUUGAAUUUACAGAACGACUUUAUAAACCAGAGUGAAUGUUGACAAGAUAGAGUGUGUGUGACACCAUUACUGCCAGGAUUUCUCUUUUCACCAGAGAAUGAGAUUGGAGGCUUGCUUGUUUCCAAGACAACACGCACCCACAACGUCGUGGCAUAUUGUUGGCGUGCAGCGAACGUGUUACGUCACAUCCCGUUUUCCGCUUUGUCAUCUGUGUAUGUAGUGAUUGCAGUGAUUGCAGUGAUAGGAGACGGGCAGCAGCUUUGCGUGAGGCCGGUGAUAUGCUGUGGUUCCAGGGCUCCAUCCCGGAGGCCAUAGCGGCCGCCAAGCAGAACAGCUCAGUGUUCGUGGUGUUCGUGGCUGGGGAAGAUGAGCAGUCGGUACAGAUGUCCGAAAGCUGGGCUAAUGAACAAGUGAUCCAGACCUCCUUGGGGGGAGUCGUUGCUAUAAAGCUUGAUAGCCAGAGUGAAGCCUGUCUGCAGUUUUCUCAGAUCUAUCCUGUAGUGUGUGUCCCAUCAAGCUUCUUUAUUGGGGAGAAUGGAAUCCCAUUAGAAGUUAUCGCUGGGAGUAUUUCCGCAGAAGAACUUGUUGCAAAGAUAGCCAAAGUAAAACAGAUGCACUCAGGGAAAAAAGAUGGACCUCUAGUAAAUGCAAAGCUUCCAGAAAGUUUGCCAAAACCUUGUUCUGAUGGACCUUGUCCCGUUGUUCCACAUGCCAGCCCUCCAGAUAAUGUACAGCCAGCAGGCACUAUGCAAGACUCUUCAGCACCUACCACAGAACUGCCCACACCACUGCAAGCACUGCCCAGCGACCAUGAAAGUGAAGCCCUGGAACUUGUUAGUGAGUCUGUUCAGAAUAUGCAAUCGGAGGAGGAACUUGUAGAGAAAGUGCAAAGGGUAACACAGAAGCUGGAGGAGAAACGGGAGCACAGAAAGAAGGAAGAGGAACAGAGAUGUGUUUUAUUCGUUACACAGAAUGAGAUUAAGAAGGAAAUUGAUAGAAGGAAAAUGGGCAAAGAAAUGCUGGAAUACAAGCGAAAGCAGGAGGAGGACCUACCAAAAAGGGCCCUGGAAGAGAGAAACAGAGAGAAAGCAGAAGAAAAAGCUGCCAGAGACCGCAUUCGGCAGCAGAUUGCUCAGGACCGUGCUGAUCGCGCUGCCCGUUAUGCAAAAAACAGUGAAGAAAUAGAAGCAUUAAAAGCGGCAGAACUGCAGGCCCAGCAGGCUGAAAGAGAUUCCAGAAGAGAGGCAGCACAGAAGGAGAGAAGUACCAUUGCCCGGAUACAGUUCAGACUUCCUGACGGUUCUUCAUUCACCAACCAAUUUGCAUCAGAAGCUCCUCUUGAGGAAGCGCGAUGUUUUGCUGUACAGACAGUUGGAAAUACUUACGGAAAAUUUUCAUUGGCAACCAUGUUUCCAAGGAGGGAAUUCACAGAAGAAGAUUAUGGGAAAUCCUUGUUGUCUUUGGAACUAGCACCCGGUGCUUCAGUAGUGCUCUUGCCAGCAGGAAGGUCAUCUCACACUGUAGUACAGAGCUCUGAAGGUGGAGUCUGGAGUUUCCUUGGUACAAUUCUCUUUCCUCUCCUAGCAGUAUGGAGAUUUCUAAGCAACUUCCUGUUUAGCAGCCCUUCCCCUUCACAGCCUGUAGAACGAGAAGCACAUCCACAGCAUGAAAGCACAAACCCUACAGCAAGCAGCAGUUCUGAACCAAACAGAGAUGCAGUUAGGAAAAGAGUUGUAGAAAAACGCCCAGAGCAGUUCAAAAAAGAAGGCAAAGUCUACCGACUGAGAAGUCAGGAUGACGAGGAUGAGAAUAACACAUGGAAUGGGAACUCUACCCAGCAAAUGUAGGUGGACUAAUUGCCAAAUGUACAAUAGCUUCUGAAAUCUGGCCCCUACGUCUGCAAAACAGCUGGGGACUCCUAAUUCAUAAGAGAAUUCAGUACUGUAGUCUGCUGCAUGAAAGUAAAUUCUUACACCAGAAGUGAUCUGAUUAAUCUUUUUUAUUUACUGCGAGUGCUUUAUGUAUGGUACUUUCUCACUGGACUAUAAACCUAUAACAAAUGCAUAUUGGAAUUUUUACUUUCAUUCAUUCUCCAUAUAUCCCAGCUGGGGAAACGUCUAUUCAGUUUAUAGUUGUGCCGCAGCCUCGGGUUCCUCUGACACUGGGAUUUCACCAUAAUGCAAUCUUUUUGAAAAGUGUAAAAGAGAGAGCGAGAACCUAUUUAUAUGAUUCUGCCCUUUAAUUCUGCUAAAAAAGCAAAAGUAAGCUGUUUCUUGUAGUUUUUCAUCAUGGAUUUUGAGACAUUGACAAUAAAGUUUUCAAAGAAAA